AUGGUUUACGUCUGCUCGAAGGAUUAUCCGUUCUCCGUCGGCCGUUCUGCACUAGCCGAUCCGCGUUACGUGAACCGCCGCCGUUCUGCAUCAACAGAUCCUAAGCGGAGGAGCACUUUCUGCGACUUGGACUCGAAGAGGCGAGGCAACUCCGACUCCAACAAAAGCAGUUACAGCGGUGGGUUUGUGGAGGAGGAGGGGGGUGGGUUCUGGGUUUGUGGAGGAGGGGGGUGGGUUCUGGGUUUGUGGAGGAGGAGGGGGGUGGGUUCUGGGUUUGUGGAGGAGGGGGGUGGGUUCUGGGUUUGUGGAGGAGGGGGGGGUGGGUUCUGGGUUUGUGGAGGAGGAGGGGGGUGGGUUCCGGGUUUGUGGAGGAGGAGGGGGGUGGGUUCUGGGUUUGUGGAGGAGGAGGGGGGUGGGUUCUGGGUUUGUGGAGGAGGAGGGGGGUGGGUUCCGGGUUUGUGGAGGAGGAGGGGGGUGGGUUCUGGGUUUGUGGAGGAGGAGGGGGUGGGUUCCGGGUUUGUGGAGGAGGAGGGGGGUGGGUUCCGGGUUUGUGGAGGAGGAGGGGGGCGGGUUCUGGGUUUGUGUGAGCUGAAUCAGAGGGGUAUGCAACACAGAGGGCUGCAACAGCCAAGGUGCGACACUGGGGGCCGCAGCAGCCAAGAUGCAACACAGGGGGCUAUUUCUGUUUCUUUGCCAAGGCGCGGAGAUACAGAAACAGGUUUGAGCACUUGA